CGUAACUCUCAGUUUCAUCGGUGUUUUGAUCAAUAGCUAAAUCUCCUUUUAGCGUAUUAAGUUAUACACUCUCACUACUCAAGAAUUAAAAAGAGGAGAAGAAAUUGGUACACUCUAUCGCCGGAGACAUUUCUUCUAUUCAUAUGGAACUUGAUUUAUCUGUUCUUGGUCGUUCUUUCAUUGCCACCAGAAGGACCUCAAGUCUCACGCGACCAUGUAUUCAAAGCUCGAAUUUUUCACUAAGAUUUCUUCAGAGAAACAAGCAGCGCGUCUCCACUAAUCUCUCCAGUUCCAGUUUUAUUAGAUUCCGAAAAGGAUGUGACUUUAGCCAUAGAAAUCAGUUUGUUGUGUUGAGUGCGACUGAAGAUCAUGUGGGUACUAGUCAGAAACAUUCCGAUUCCAGCGAAAAACUCGAUUCGAUUAGGAUUUUGCUGAAACGGGGAAUCGUUUUAGGGGCAGUGGUGUGUGGAGUUUUGUUGUAUGGAUGUGGUAAAGUAUUAGCAUCAACAAAUGUGGUGGAUGUGGCUUUUAGUAAGAGUGUAUUGUUGUUGAAGAAUGCUUGGCCAAAAACUUCUCAGGUUCUUAAGGUUCUUAGAGAGCAAGGUCUAAUAUUAGCUGUGCUUCUCGGUUUAUCAGCAUUCUUCUCCAUGGCAGAGACUUCCAUCACCACUCUCUGGCCGUGGAAGGUGCGCGAGUUGGCUGAAAAAGAGCCUGAAAAUGGCGUUUUCAGGAUGCUCCGUAGUGAUGUUACCAGAUUCUUGACAACCAUACUUAUUGGAACAACUGUUGUGAAUAUUGCGGCGACUGCCUUGGUCACUAAAGCGGCAACAGCUAUUUUUGGUGAAGCUGGUGUUAGUGCAGCCACAGGAGUGAUGACGGUAGCCAUAUUACUCCUGACUGAAAUAACUCCGAAAAGUGUAGCGGUUCACAAUGCUCAAGAGGUUGCAAGGAUUGUGGUCAGACCAGUGGCGUGGCUUUCCUUGAUAUUAUAUCCUGUUGGAAGAGUAGUGACAUAUCUUUCGAUGGGAAUUCUGAAAAUUCUUGGUUUGAAAGGACGGAGUGAGCCAUAUGUUACUGAAGAUGAAUUGAAACUAAUGCUACGCGGAGCAGAAUUAAGUGGGGCUAUAGAAGAGGAAGAGCAGGAUAUGAUUGAAAAUGUGUUAGAGAUAAAGGAUACGCAUGUUCGAGAGGUGAUGACUCCUCUUGUUGAUGUAGUUGCAAUAGAUGGCAGCGGCAGCCUGGUUGAUUUCCAUAACUUUUGGGUGACCCACCAAUACUCGAGGGUGCCUGUUUUUGAGCAGAGGAUUGAUAACAUAGUUGGUAUUGCAUAUGCUAUGGAUCUGCUAGAUUAUGUUCCAAAGGGUAAUUUGCUUGAAAGUACUACUGUGGUGGACAUGGCACAUAAACCUGCAUUCUUUGUCCCUGAUUCAAUGUCAGUUUGGAAUCUUCUUAGAGAGUUUAGAAUAAGAAAGGUUCACAUGGCAGUUGUUCUUAAUGAAUACGGUGGAACCAUUGGAAUAAUAACUCUUGAAGAUGUGGUCGAAGAGAUUGUUGGUGAAAUAUUUGAUGAAAACGAUUCAAAGGAGGAGAUUCAGAAGAAAACGGGUUACAUCGUGAUGAGAGCAGAAGGGAUAUAUGAUGUUGAUGCCAACACUUCGAUUGACCAGUUAUCUGAAGAACUUAACAUAAAGAUGCUAGAGACAGGUGAGAGUGUGACGGUAGUUCUUGAAAAGGAAAACUGGGAAGAGAAUGAUGAACAAGACGAGGGUAAGCACGAGCGUCAAGAUCAGAAGGAGAAGCACCAAAUUUAUAGACUAGAGAUACUAGCAGGGAAUGCCAGAAAAGUGAGUGCAGUCCGGUUCGAACGAGUAAAUGAUAUGGAUCAAGUGUCAGAGGCCCGGGAUGUGAAAAACAUGGUUCCCAAGUUCGUAAGAAAAUGGAGCAGUGAGGAAGAUUCCGAUGGUAAUCUCCAAGCCAAGAAUGCCGUCUUUGAUGAGCAUCUAAUUGCUGAAACUGAAAUGAUCAUGGCGUCGUCUUUUCCAAAAUCAACAAGUGAGGAAGUUCACCUUAGCGUUGUGAAGAACGUUAUCGCCGGCGUAAUGUCUGUUCCCGUCUGUCUUGCUCUGUACCACACAUUGCCACAAAUCUGGAUCCCACUCGCUCUGUUUGCAGGUAGCGCUUUAAACACAGUUGCUUCCACAUUCAUGGAGUGUGUAUUGAAGAACAUGAAUUGGAAGUACACCAUCUUGGACUCGCUUAUUGCAUUAGUAUCUUUCUCUGCCGGCGGAUUGAUUCCGAUGCUCUGUGGCAUGCUUGUGAAACCUCGAAUUCUAAGGAUUGUGUUUCUGGUGAUUUCCUGUGGUUUUGUAACGGGCGGUGCAAUACUGAAUUGGAAAAUAAAAAACAAUGAAGGGGGCGAUUCCAAUUCUGGUGAACGUAGACCAACCAAAAUUUGCGUCGGGUGGGUGUGGUUUGUGUCAAUGAUCGGCACCGGUGUGUUUGUGACUAUCGCCGAUCGAGUGAAGUAAUAAGAUACUUCUGGGGUUGAUGGUGGUUUCUCAUGGAAUUAGCAUUGAUAUUUAUGAUUCUUUUGUUUGUGCCAUGGACAAGGCAAAGGCUCUCUUUGAUGGGAUAAUCGUACCAGACACUUUGUUUUGCUACCAUUCCCUUAUAAUUGGCCUUUCCAAGGUCCUAUCUGGUCGAGAACGGAUCAAAGCCUGAUGCUUUUACCUAUGGGGCUUUUAUCAGUGGAUUUAUAGAGGCAGGGGAUUUUGCAUCUGCGGACAAGUAUGCGAAAGAGAUAGCUGCAAUGUGGCCUAGUUCCUAACACCACGGGUCUGAUCAGUGAGUGUUGCAAAAAGAGGGGAAAGUACUAGAGGCGUGGGAUUCCAGGGGAUGAUGCUAAGACAUACACUGUUCUAAUGAAUAAAAAGGGUAAAG